AUCCGAGCUUUCUCUGCUCAUUUUGUACCAAUUCAAAUUAUAAGCAUUAUUGAAUAUGAGCACUACCGAGAUUGAAAACAACAAUGAUGAAAAUUCUCCAGUAGUAGACAAAGAGGAAUCUCAACCAGAACAGAAUCAUAGAAGUCGCAGUAGAUCUCCACACAAAAGGAGCCGAUCUGAAAGAAGCAGAUCUAACUCUUCUAGUGAAUCUCCGCUUAGGCGAAAGAGUCUAGAAGGUGAUUAUAUAGAACUUAUUGUUGAAGCUUCUGAUGUAUUGGACACAAUGGGGUUUGGAGAGUUUAUCACUACUAAAAAUAACCACAAAUUCGGCACAGGCUCAGCCAGUUUUGCUGACAUAGAUCCUAGCAAGGUAACGGAUCGAUCUUCACCAACCCCAUCUUUUCCUUUUCGGGGUGGUUCGGGUGGUCGAAGGUCGUAUGGAAAUUCUAAUCAUCGAGAUGAUGGUGGUAGACGUGGAUCUUAUGGGGGUGGGAGAGGUGGGGGCUCCAGGAGAGGCGGCUCAUUUAAUAGAAGAGACGGAGGUGGUGGAGGUGAACGGGGUCGAGGAGGUAGACCACAACCUGCCUUUCCCUCUUACCGGAAUGAGGGAGGUUCAUCUGGGGGAGACAGACGCUGGCCACCCUCUUCUUAUGAUUCUAGAGGUGGGGGUGGCGGAAGAGGCCCAUCUGCUCAUUAUCCACCCCCUCCACCCCAUAGAAGCAGCGAUCACAAAAAUGGUGGGGGCGGAGGUCGUAAAUGGUAAUUAUCUUAGUUCAAUUAUAUGUGAUAGAAGAUUUUAAUUAUAAUUUUGUAUAUAGUCAAGAAAAUAUAUUAUUUUGAAAUUGCCCAUUCAUUUUAUAUUAUUUUCCAAUUAGAUAUUCAAUAUUAUAUCUUUUUUAGUCUGAAAAUAUAUAAUAAUUUUGAAUACAGAUACUUUAUAUAUUAAAAAGUAUAUGCCGUUUAUUUGUUUCAUAAUUUGUAAAUGUAAAUAUAAAGUAAUUUUAAUAUCUUAUUAUAUUUG